CCCAAACUAAGGACUGCAAGGACAAUAAUGGCGAUCGCAAAGGAGGCGUGGGUGUCGAUGCUGGCAGUGGCAGUGGUAACGGGCGUUGCCCUGUGGUUCAUCAACGCCGCUGUUCAGUGGUGGCGCCUCCGUCAAGCACUGAACCAGUGUGCCGGCGCCAAGAUUCACCCCAUCUUCGGAACUAUGCUGGAGCACAGGGGUGGCGGUGCAGGAACGCUGGCGUACGGCAAACGCUAUUCUGCGAUCGACCCACUCAAGCCGCUUCGGUUCUGCAUCGGGCCGUUCAUCAACUUCAUCGCCCUGCGAACACCAAGUGACAUCAAACAAGUUGUCACCAUGGAUGCGCCCAAAUCUCCGUUCAUCUUCAAGCUCAUGGCGCCCUGGCUCGGGCCCAGCUCCAUCCUCAUCGCCGACGGCCCCAUUUGGAGAUACAUGAGGACACUCCUUGAUCCAGCUUUCCAUCGUACCCUUCUCACAGACUACGUCACGGUGAUGGGCCAGUCAUCCCAGCCGCUCAUUGACAAGUUUGAGAAGAUUGCAACGACGACGCCUGAUGAGGCCGUGGAUGUGAUGCAGCACUACGCUCUGUACACAUUCGACACGCUUUGCAGGUGUGCAUUCAACUACGAAACCAACUGCCAGACCAACGACGACAACAAGUUUUGCACAGCCGUCACCGAAAACUCUGAAGUCAUCAUCGCUCGGGCGAUGAACCCUCUUCUCGCCUCCGAUGUCAUCUUUGCUCUCACACCAACUGGCCGCCGCUUCCGCAAGACCAUCAACUACAUCCACACCGUUGCGCAGAGCAUCAUUGACCAGCGUCGUGAAAACUUGAAAGGGAUGACAAUUGACGACAUUGCUCAACACAAGCGGCCCUCUGGGCGUGCGCUGUUUGACUUCCUGGACAUCUGUCUCCUCUCGCGCGACAAGGACGGCAACCCGGCAAUGACAGAUGACGAGAUUCGUGACCAGUGUCACACAUUCCUCUUUGCAGGACACGAUACCACAACUGCAGCCCUCUCCUUUGUCACCCAUUGCCUGGCAAAGUACCCAGAGCACCAGGAGAAGGUACGUGCGCAUGUGCAUCAUUGUUUGUGCGUGUGCUGGAAACCAAGAGGUUGUAUUAUGUCGCGCAUCUUCUCUAGCUGCCCUUUGCACGGGUUCCUUCAUCCCUUUGCUGCCCUUCAACGCUAUCACACACACACACACACACACACACACACACACUCUCUCUCUCUCUCUCUCUCUCUCUCUCUCUCUCUCUCUCUCUCUCUCACAUGCACACACGCACAACCCCACACACACGCGCUUACACACAAUAGCCCCCGACGCAGAAGAGCGCGCGUUGACCAGUACUCGUUCAUGCCGUUCUCUGUCGGCAAUCGCAACUGCAUCGGGUACAACUUUGCGCUCAACGAAGUCCGCACCGCCAUGUGUCAGCUCCUGCGAAGAUUCAAAUUCGUCGACAUUGGGCACGAACCAAUUCUGCAGAAUAAACUCGUGCUCAAGAGCGCAAACGGCGUCAAAGUGAAGAUUCAGAAAUUGGACAACUGAGUCGCUGUUUUAUGUCACAAUGUAUGUAUGUUUCCUUGUGUUACUCUUCUCUGUCGCUCGCCCUCGCCGUGCGUUUUCUCGUUCAUUGAAUGCGUGAGUACGCAGUCAGUUUGUGUGUCGUGUGGUCUUGUAUCUAAGGACACGUUCAUCGCAGCAGGUUAUCCCCGCAUCCACCUGCCUGCCAACCUUCAUUUUCUUCGCUCGGCUGUAAAACAGGCUCGUUUCAUUCCUCAGUGUUUACUACUGUC